AUGUUGUGUUCAAAGAGUGAAGGAGAGAUACCAGAUGCUUUAAUAGAGAGCCCAGAGAAUGGAGGUUACAACAACACAACAGGAAAAAGCAGGAGAAAAAACAUGACUUAUUUGACGCCAGAAAUUUUAAUUACCUAUGAACGCGAGGGAGAGCAAGCGAAAACUUAUGAGGAGAGAUACAAGCAGGCAGCACUUGGUGUUUUUGGAACAAAAAGGGCCUCAAAUUUUCUAAGUGUGCCGCCGGCUAUGUUACAGACAGACAAACAAGCUGUGAUAAGGCAGUACCACUCUGAUCCUUGUCUUGCAAGUCUUGGGAUUCUUCAGUGA